AUGAUUUCCCUGUCCGUUCGUUGGCAGUGGCUGGAAAACUCAUAUCUCUUACUCUCUCUCUCUCUCUCUCUCUCUCUCUCUCUCAUUUAUUACUUUUUCUUUUUCUUUCUUUCUUUCUUUCUCUCUCUCUCUCUCUCUCUCUUAUUGCUUCAUAUCUCUUUAUCAUCAUCAUCAUCAUCAUCAUCAUCAUCCUUCGACCUCCAAGCAAAUACUCCAAUAACAAGAACAAGUGAUCGUUGGUCGGGAAAAAUUACAAAACAACGUCGGUUUUUGUUGUUGUUGUUUUUCCUCUUCCUUCUCCUCCUCCUCCUCUUCUUUUUCUUCUUCUUCUUCUGUUCCCAUUUUUCUUCUUCUUCCUCUUCCACCUCCUCUUCUUUUUCCUCUUCUUCUUCUUCUUUUUUCUUCCUCCUCUUCUUCUUCUUCUUCUUCAUCUUCUUCUUCUUCUCCCCUUUUUCUUCUUCCUCUUCCUCUUCUUUUCCCCUUAUUCUUCUUCUUCCUUUUUUAUUUUUCUUCUUUCUCCUCUUCUUCUUUUCCCCUUCUUCUUCUUCUGCUCCCAUUCUUCUUCUUCUUUUUCUUCUUUUCCCCUUUUUCUUCUUCUUCCUCCUCCUCUUCUUCAUUUUCCCUUCUUCUUCCUUUUUCCUUUUUCUUCUUCUUCCUCUUCUUCUUUAUCCCUCCUCUUCCUCUUUCUCCUCCUCCUUCUUCUUCUGUUCCCCUUCUUCUUCUUUUCCCCUUCUUCUUCUUCUUCUUUUCCCUUUUUUCUUCUUCUUCCUCUUCCUCUUUUUCUUUUUCCCACCUGCUUCCUCCUCUUCUUCUUUUCCCCCUUCUUCUUCUAGCAUCUAUCUAUCUAUCUAUCUAUCUAUCUAUCUCUGA